AUGUUCGCUGUUCCUGGAUGGUCGGUGGAGAGCUCUGCGUUGAAGCAGCAGUCUCAAGCCGGACAGGCAAAAACCGACUCGCAAUCUAGCAAUGACAGCGCUACCCCUAAUGGCAAGAACAAGGAUAAGAAGCGCAAGCGCGACAACGUGACUUCGGGCAAUGUCACUGAGAUGUACCGCAAGCACAUCGAGGGACAAUCGGAAAAGCCAUGGAAGAAAAAGAAGCAAGAGCGCGAGAACGCUACUGCUGCCCCCGCCGCCGCCGCUAGCCAACCUGCCGCAUCACCCAAAGUCGAGAAGACGGGCGAAGUAAAGGACGCGACUGCGGACGCUGUCAACCAGGAAGAGGGACAAGCAAAGAAGAGCAAGAGACAAAGGAAGAACAAGAAGAACAAAGACAGUGAGACUUCAGCAGGAAAAGAUGAGACAAACGGCACCACGUCUACUGAAAAUGUUUCCUCUGUGAAGAGUGCCCUCGUGGCCCCUCCUCCGACCACUGCGACGUUGACGCCCUUGCAACAGGCGAUGCGGCAGAAGCUGAUCUCCUCCCGGUUCCGCCACUUGAACGAAACACUGUAUACGACCGAUUCGUCAAAAGCUGUCGAGCUGUUCAAUGCCAACCCGGAGCUAUUCGAUGAGUACCAUGCCGGUUUCUCUCGUCAAGUUAAGGAGUCCUGGCCAUCUAAUCCGGUUGAUGGGUACAUCCAGGCUGUUCGUCGUCGUGGCGCCGUCCCUGUGCCUAAGCGAGGCAAGCCUCUUCCCAACAAGGCUCUGCCCUUGCCUCGCCGACCCAACGGGGUCUGCAACAUUGCCGAUCUUGGCUGCGGUGAUGCCGCUAUUGCCCGCAAUUUGACGCCCUCUGCAAAGAAGCUCAAUUUGAAGCUGAACAGUUAUGACCUUCAGGCACCUCAUCCGCUGAUCACCAAGGCCGAUAUCUCCAAGCUUCCCGUAGAGGAUGGCUCAAUGGACGUGGCAAUAUUCUGUUUGAGUCUGAUGGGCACAAACUGGGUCUCCUUCGUCGAGGAAGCUUGGCGGGUCCUGCGCAGUGACGGCAAGGGCGAGUGUUGGGUCAGUGAAGUGAAGAGUCGUUUCGGCAAAGUCAACCGCAAGAAAUCCAUGAUCGGCGCGCAGAAGCCCCUCAGCAAGACACAGCAGAAGAAGCAGAAGAAGAGCAAGAAGGGCGACGAGGAGGACAUUGACGAGGAGGACAUCUUUGCUGAAGACGCUCGCCCCGCUGCCGACGAUGAUGAGACUGACAUCUCCGCUUUUGUCGAGGUCUUCCGUACUCGCGGCUUCGUUUUACGACCAGAGUCAGUCGACAAGUCCAAUAAGAUGUUCGUCAAGAUGGAGUUUGUGAAACAAGGUGGCGCGCCCAUCAAGGGAAAGCAUGCGAGCGGACUGAGUGCUCCUGCUCCUGGCUCAAAGAAGCGAUUUGUCGAUCGUCAGCCGGCGUCUGAUAAUGGAAUGACUCCGGAGCAGGAAGCCCAGGUGCUGAAACCAUGCGUGUACAAGAUCCGGUAA